GUACGAGCACAAUAAAACCGGGAGCAUCCUGAUCAACAGCCUCUGCUUAUCCAACGGAGGGAUUUUUCAGGAAACAUACCACCCCAGGUUCAUCCAGAAGGAGACCUUGUGGGUGUCUCCGGGGUCAGGGAUUGUGGGAAAAGCUCUCCAUGGAGACAGGAUUGAUCCGUGUGUCCCAUCUCCUGUUCUCCUUGCUCCCCAGCUCCUCCAGGACGGGGGGUUGCUGUCCCCUCUCCUCCUGCGCCUGAUGAACUUCUUCUUCUUCUCCAGAGGGCUUGGAGCAGUUUUUGGGCCCCACACACAACCCUCCCAGGCGGAAUUCUGGGAUAUGUGGACGGCGGUGCGGAAUAACGACGGGAAUCUUGUCAUGGACAGUGUUUUGCAGUACAUCAACGAGAGGAAGCAGCACAGUGGCCGCUGGGUCGGGGCUCUGGUGUCCACCUCUGUCCCACUGCAUCUCAUCUACGGCCCCCUGGACCCCGUGAAUCCACACCCGGAGUUUCUCCAGCUUUACAGGAAGCUGCUUCCCAUGUCCACAGUGUCCGUGCUGGAUGACCACAUCAGCCACUAUCCCCAGCUGGAGGAUCCCACGGGAUUCCUGAACUCGUACCUCAACUUCAUCAACUCCUUCUGAGCUGCUGCCGCUCCAGUUCUCGCCCUCUGCUUCCCAGUCAGGCUUUGGGGGGCAGGAAAAAACCUUGGCUUUACCUCUCAGAGCCAACACUUUGAACUCAGGGCUGCACUCGGGCAGUUAAACCCUUUGGAACACCGGGAAAACAUCAGGCAGGUGUGGGAAAAGCAAAGAGUUCUGGGAUGCCAACAGCUCUCCCACCCUCUGGACCGGCCUAACCCUGGAUUUAGAGGUGAACUCGGCAUUAAAUCAGUGUUUCUUCCUUCCUCCCUCACCCUGGUUUGGUAAAGAAACACCAGCUCAGCAGCAGAGAGGUCCCUCCAUCCCCUCCCCUUCCCAGUUUUUGCUAUGGGA